GCGUACUCCGGGCCGAGUCUGUGGGCCUCACUCGCCGGCUCCAGCUACAGCCAGCGUCUCCCUCUUGUCCCGCUUCCCUUCCGCCCCGGCGAAUCCUUCUCCUCCAGAGCAACUUUGCGGCGAUCCGGGAGGCCCGAGGGCGUGCGGCCCGCUCAGAGGCGAGAUGGACUCCAGCGCGCCUUCUGCGAGCACACAGCCUCCACCACCACCGCAGCCCCAAGCCCGCUCCCGGCUCAACGCCACUGCCUCCCUGGAGCAGGAGAAGAGUGGGGCACCCCAAGCUCCCGGACCCCACGUUGGACCUGGAGCAGACGUGGGAGACACAGCUGCCCCAGCGGUGCCCCAGGCCCCACGUGCCAGAAGCCGAGAAAGAGUGGAUGGAACGGGGCCUGUGAAGGGAGACGUGGACACCCCCUUUGAAGAAGUCCUGGAGAAGGCCAAGGCCGGGGACCCCAAAGCGCAGACGGAGGUGGGGAAGCACUACCUGCAGCUGGCCAGCGACAGGGACGAAGAGCUCAACAACUGCAUGGCCGUGGACUGGCUGGUCCUGGCCGCCAAGCAGGGCCGGCGCGAGGCCGUCAAGCUCCUUCGCCGGUGCCUGGCGGACAGAAAAGGCAUCACUUUCGAGAACGAGCAGGAGGUGAAGCAGCUGUCGUCCGAGACCGACCUAGAGCGGGCCGUGCGCAAAGCGGCCCUCGUCAUGUACUGGAAGCUCAACCCCAAGAAGAAGAAGCAGAUGGCCGUGUCCGAGCUGCUGGAGAAUGUUGGCCAGGUCAACGAGCACGAUGGAGGGGCACAGCCAGGCCCUGUCCCCAAGUCACUGCAGAAGCAGAGGCGGGUGCUGGAGCGCCUGGUCAGUAGUGAAUCCAAGAACUACAUAGCACUGGAUGACUUCGUGGAGAUCACCAAGAAGUACGCCAAGGGUAUCAUUCCCACCAACCUGUUCCUGGAGGACGAUGACGAUGACGAGCUGGCAGGCAAGAGCCCCGAGGACCUGCCCCUGCGCCUGAAGGUGGUCAAGUUCCCCUUGCACGCCAUCAUGGAAAUCAAAGAGUACCUGAUCGAGAUGGCCUCCAGGGCCGGCAUGCACUGGCUGUCCACCAUCGUCCCCACCCACCACAUCAACGCCCUCAUCUUCUUCUUCAUCAUCAGCAACCUGACCAUCGACUUCUUCGCCUUCUUCGUCCCCCUCGUCGUCUUCUACCUGUCCUUCAUCUCCAUGGUGAUCUGCACCCUCAAGGUUUUCCAGGACAGCAAGGCCUGGGAGAGCUUCCACACCCUCACGGGCCUGCUGCAGCGCUUCGAGCCCAACCUGGACGUGGAGCAGGCCGAGGGGAACUUCAGCUGGAACCACCUGGAGCCCUACCUCCACUUCCUGCUGUCCGUCGUCUUUGUCAUCUUCUCCUUCCCCAUCGCCAGCAAGGACUGCAUGCCCUGCUCGGAGCUGGCCAUCGUGUGCGUCUUCUUCACCGUCACCAGCUACAUGAGCUUGAGCACGUCUGCCGAGCCCUACACCCGGAGGGCCCUGGUGACCGAGGUGGCCGCCGGCCUGCUUUCCCUCCUGCCCAGCCUGCCCUUCGACUGCCACUCCCUGAAGCUCCUGGGCCAGACCUUCCUCACCGUGCCCAUCGGCCGCCUCCUUCUCCUAAAUGUCAGCAUCCCCUGCCUGCUCUACGUCUACCUGCUCUUCCUCUUCUUCCGCAUGGCCCAGCUGCGGAAUUUCAAGGGCACCUACUGCUACCUGGUCCCCUACCUGGUCUGCUUCAUGUGGUGCGAGCUCUCCGUGGUCAUCCUGCUCGAGUCCACCGGCCUGGGGCUGGUCCGCGCGUCCAUCGGCUAUUUCCUCUUCCUCUUCGCUCUCCCCAUCCUGGUGGCCGGCCUGGCGCUGAUGGGCCUGGUGCAGUUUGCCCGCUGGUUCGUGUCCCUGGAGCUCACCAAGAUCACUGUCACCUUGGGGGUCUGCAGUGUCCCCCUGCUGUUCCGCUGGUGGACCAAGGCCAACUUCUCGGUGAUGCAGAUGGUGAAGUCCCUGACCCGGAGCUCCCUCGUCAAGCUCAUCCUGGUGUGGAUCUCGGCCAUCGUGCUGUUCUGCUGGUUCUACGUGUACCGGUCAGAGGGCAUGAAGGUCUACAACUCCACGCUGACCUGGCAGCAGUACGGCUUCCUGUGCGGCCCGCGGGCCUGGAAGGAGACCAACAUGGCACGCACCCAGAUCCUGUGCAGCCACCUGGAGGGUCACAGGGUCACGUGGACGGGCCGCUUCAAGUACGUGCGGGUGACGGAUAUCGACAACAGCGCCGAGUCGGCCGUCAACAUGCUCCCGUUCGCCAUGGGCGACUGGAUGCGCUGCCUGUACGGCGAGGCCUACCCCGCCUGCAGCCCCGGCGGCGCGCCCACGGCCGAGGAGGAGCUCUGCCGCCUCAAGCUGCUGGCCAAGCACCCCUGCCACAUCAAGAGGUUCGACCGCUACAAGUUCGAGAUCACAGUGGGCAUGCCCUUCAGCGCCAACGGCACCCGCGGCCCGGAGGAGGACGACGUCACCAAGGACAUCGUGCUGCGGGCCAGCAACGAGUUCAAGGACGUGCUGCUCAGCCUGCGCCACGGCAGCCUCAUCGAAUUCAGCACCGUCCUCGAGGGCCGCCUGGGCAGCAAGUGGCCCGUCUUCGAGCUCAAGGCCAUCAGCUGCCUCAACUGCCUGACCCAGCUGUCGCCCGCCCGGCGGCACGUGAAGGUGGAACAGGACUGGCGCAGCACCGUGCACGGUGCCGUGAAGUUCGCCUUCGACUUCUUCUUCUUCCCGUUCCUGUCGGCCGUGUGAGGACAUGUCCCCAGCCGGAGGAGGGGUCGGGGCACGUCACUGUCAGGCCCUCCCCUCCGGCUGGCCACCCAGCCGGAUGAUGCAACACUAACACUGAGUGUGUGCAUGUGUGUGCGCUCGCGUGUGCAAACGCAGGGCUUCGGGGACCGCCCGUCGUGUGCAGUCUGCUCACCUCCACGAAUGGCUGACUGCUUUAGCUCUGUCACUCGGAAUGCCCGGCGUCGUGGGAAACUGCAUGCACAGCCCUGCUGCCCCAGUGUCCCAGCCUUUCCGAGUGAAGCCGGUGUGCCUGGCUGAACAGGAUUCCUGCGUCCUGAAAAGUUCUUUGCGGUGACAUCCUCCCUCCUUUCCCAUCCCCCUCCAAGCACUCCCAGCCCCUCACUUACUUCUGUGUUGGAUUUGUCUUUUGAAUGUGCUGCUGUGUAAACGCAAUGACAGUACUUCUUAUUUAUUUGGUUGCUGCUAAGCCUUGACCGCUGGUUGCCAAUCCUGGGGGGCUGUGCACAGCUGCCGGGGCUGUCAUGUGGUCAAGGCCCUACUUGAUUCUUUCAGGAUUGGAGGCCGGGAGAAGCGGCAGCCCUGGGCACAGCGUGUCCACACUGAGCGCUGGGGCCGCAGCUGGCCUCGUGCUUGUCUAGUGGGUGGUGGGUGAGUGUGUGCGGGGCUCGCCUGAAUCCGCUGGGACUAGGAAAUAGAACCUGGGCCGUCCCUUCCAGUACUUAGAAAAGUUGGCCGUGUUCAGUAACGGAGAGCAGACAGUCAAGGUCCUAAUGCAGUUGAAAUAAAACCUUUGAUGA